AUGGCGUCGUUGCAAUGGGACACCAAGAAUGCCAUCGCCGGAAAGACGCAAUGGUGGAAAGAUGCGACAGUAUACCAAGUAUACCCAGCUAGCUUCAAGGACUCAAACGGGGAUGGUUGGGGCGAUCUGCCUGGACUCAUAUCCAAAAUUGACCACCUACAAGACCUGGGAGUCGACGUGGUCUGGGUGUCCCCCAUUUUCGAAAGCCCUCAAAAGGACAUGGGAUACGACGUGUCUGACUACCAAGCUAUAUAUGCACCAUAUGGCACUGUCGAUGACGUUGACGCCCUUGUCGCCGAAUGUCACUCAAGAAACAUCAAGGUCAUUCUAGACUUGGUUGUCAACCAUACUUCGACUGAACACAAGUGGUUUAAAGAGUCCCGGUCAUCAAUGGACAACCCCAAACGUGACUGGUACAUUUGGAAGCCGGCACGAUACGAUGCAAACGGACUCCGGCAUCCGCCAACAAAUUGGAGGGGUUAUUUUGCGGGUUCAACUUGGACCUGGGACGAGGAAACAUCGCAGUACUAUCUACAUCUCUACGCACCAGACCAGCCUGACUUGAACUGGGAAAACGCCGCCUGCCGUGAAGCGAUCUAUGAGAACGCCCUGAAGUUCUGGCUAGAACGGGGUGUCGAUGGUUUCCGCAUCGACACGGUCAACAAGUACUCUAAACGGCAAGACUUCGUUGACGCACCCGUCACGGAUCCCCAAUCUCCACAUCAGCCGGCACCCGAGAUGUGGUGCAAUGGUCCGCGCAUUCACGAGUUUAUACACGAAAUGUAUCAGAAGGUGCUCGGCCCCUACAACGCUCUCUCAGUCGGUGAACUCUCCAACACGCCACAGCCUUCCCAGGUGAUCCCAUAUGUCUCAGCUGCCGCCAAAGAGCUUGAUAUGGUGUUUGAGUUUUCAGUCAUUCGGUUGGGGACUGGCAAUGGGUUCGGUGCCAAGUACGAAUACCGGCCAUACGCGCUGUCAAAGCUCAAAUCUCUGACGGAGACAUGGCAGGCAUUUAUUGAAGGGACAGAUGCUUGGACGACAGUCUUUUGCGAGAACCACGACAACGGCCGGGCAAUUAGCCGUUUCGGCGAUAGUUCUACACCUGAGGCGUGGCUCCAGUCUGGCAAGGCAAUUGCACUCUGGCAGACUACCAUGACCGGCACAUUAUUUUUGUACCAGGGCCAGGAGAUUGGCAUGGUCAACAUGCCGGCGACGUGGGGAAUGGAAGAGUACAAGGACUUAGAGAGCCGGAACUUUUACUUUGAGGCGGCUGACUCUGGUGACCAAUCUCGCCUUGAGCGAACGAUGAAGGGACUUCAGAUCCUGGCUCGCGAUCACUCUCGGAUACCAUUCCAGUGGGACGACUCUCCAAAUGCAGGCUUCACUACGGGGGACGCGAAGCCUUGGAUGCGAGUGCAUGACAAUUUCCGUACCAUCAACGCCGCCAAGCAGGCAAGUGAUCCUAACUCCAUCCUUAGCUUUUACAAGGACGCCUUGCAGCUACGGAAGGAACACAGUGAUGUGUUCAUCCACGGGAGCUUUAAGCUUGUGGAUCCCGAGGACGAAUUUGUUUUUGCCUACCUUAAAGAGGGCUCCAUCACGGAAACUGGCCGCCGAAAGGCCAUUGUCGUGCUCAACUUGUCCCGAGAAGCCAGACCGUGUGCUGACAUUUCGAGGGCUUUGAAGUGCAGAGUGGACGAAGUGCGUCUUGCAGUCGGAACAAGGGAAUUGGUAAACGACCAAUCGCAAUUGUUGGCGCCUUGGGAGGGGAGGGUCUACACCAAUUACUAG